UCAUUGGAUGGUGAAAAAUGACAUUUUUAAAUUGAUAAAUGCUUACUACGAUAUAAGCCAAUAUGAACCAAUUAUUGCAUUUGCAUUAAAAUGUCGCGUAUAUGUCUAUUACACAUUGGACAAGCAUGAAGAAUCACUCGCAGAUCUAAGUACAAUAUUAGAUAUUGAAGAAUCACUCGUAGGUUUAAAUCAAUUACUAAAAAUUAUCCCUAAUGAUGACUAUACAUUAAAAUGUCGUGACGAAAUCUGA